GUCACUUCGUAAAAAAAAUCCCUAGAUAAUAUAACAAGUAUUUUUAUUAUACUACAAAGUAAAUUAAAUGAAUUAAAAUUCAACGUAUUUAACCUUGUCAAAGAAUUGAGUAUUUCGUGUAACAAAACAGAAUGUGAUUUAAAAUGUGGAGGUAGGAGAAUUCAACGUGUGGGUAUACCUACUUCUUGUUUACACUUUCGCCUCGACUGGACUGGUAGGUAUUUCAAUACUAUAUUGGCGACAUCAUGAGUAAUCAGCUUUAGAAGGUCACAUCACAAAUGGACAUUCUAAGUUCGAAAAAACUAACAGUAGCCAAUAAAUAUGUUCUGUAGUUAUUCAUUUCCCACAAAAAUAUAGUGAAAGUUGUAAAUAUUGGCAGAAAUAUAGUGAAAAACUGCUUUAUUUUUAUUUAAAAAUAUGGAUGGUGUGCUUUUAGUAUUUUGUGCGAUAAUUUUACUAGUCCACAAUGUAUCUAGUCAAAUAGGAUAUUACAAUGUAGUUGGCCCGAGAGUUAUAAGACCUAAUAGCACCUAUCGUUGUGCUGUUAGCGUCGACGCUACAUCACAACCAACAACAAUAACGGCGGUACUUCGCGGUACUUCUCAUAGCAGUACACCUCUUUUUAUUCAAGAUCAAAUCGUCGUACAACCAUACAGUACCAAUACAUGCGAGUUACAAGUUAUUGAUAUACAAGAUGGCGAUUAUGAAUUAGAAGUAAGUGGAUCUGGUGGAAUAGAUUUUAUUACUGGUUAUCCUUUGCAAUAUCUUAAAAAAUCUUAUAAUAUACUUAUACAAACUGAUAAGCAAGUUUAUGAACCCGGUAGUACCAUAAUUUUUAGAGCCCUUCUAUUAAACGCGGAGCUAAAACCUGCGCCAGAAGUAAAAAAUGAAUUUGUACAUAUUUUUGUAACAGAUGGUUCUGGGAACAUCGUGAGGGAUUGGAAACGUGUUGAAGCUAUAAGAGGAGUUUUUACCAAUGAAUUGAAAAUUAGUAAAAGUCCAGUUUUGGGUAAAUGGAAUAUAUCAGUAGAAAUACAUGAACAAAUUUAUAAUAAAACGAUAGAAGUAGCCGAAUACGUGUUACCAAAAUUUAUUGUAAAUAUUGAGUCAAAAAAACAUAUAACUUUCAAUGAAAAUAUUAUAAGAGCGAAAAUCGAAAGCAAAUACUACUCUGGAGACAACGUUAAAGGCGAAGCUACGAUAACAAUGUACCCAACGAUAUUUUCCGGUGUUAUCCAACCUAUUUUCCAAAAUCCAAUUAGAAAAGUUUUCCAAAUAGACGGUACAGGAACAGUUGAAUUCGAUAUCGAGAAAGAUCUGCGUCUUAACGACGAAUAUGAACGAAUAGUCGUAAUAGAUGUGGCUAUAGAAGAACAAUUUACAGGACGGAGACAAAACAACAGCAUGGAAGUUCACAUUCAUAAAUACGACUACCACAUGGAUCUAAUCAAAACGUCCGAUUACUUCAAACCCGGUUUAAAAUAUACAGCUUACGUACAAGUUUCUAAUCACGACGGAUCUCCAGUUCAAAUUAAAGAACAAGAAGUGAUAGUACGACAUGGGUAUUCAAGAAUCGACGAGAUUUAUAAUGAGAAUAAAUAUACUUUAGACAAAAAUGGAUUUUUGAAACUAGAAUAUCUUACCCCGAAAAAUGUAACGAAUACUACAGCAUUACGUUUAGAAGUGGAAUAUCGCGAUCUGAAAGAAAGAAGUACUCCAAUUCCCGCAGCUGUUUCAUUCAGCAACGCGUUCCUUCAAGUUAUACUCGAAACGGAACGUCCUAUCGUGAAUCUAGAGGUGGAAAUAACCGUUAACAGUACGCAUCCCAUGAAAACAUUGAGUUAUAUUCUCAUGGGACGCGGUGACGUAUUAAGAACGCAUACUUUCCAAGUUGAGAAUAAAAAACAAUUUAAAUUUCAUUUUAUCGCUACUCACGCCAUGGCGCCAGUUUGUCAUCUCAUCGUAUUUUAUGUUAGACAAGACGGUGAAUUGAUUGGAGAUGCUUUGGAUAUAGAGGUGGACGGGGCUUUACAAAAUUUCGUUGAUAUCCGUCCUAAUACGCUAGAAAGCGAACCCGAUUUAGACGUUGAAUUUACCAUAACCGCCCAACAAAAUUCAUACGUCGGUUUAAUGGCUGUCGACGAAAAUGUAGGACGUCUUAGGAACGGUUACGAUUUAUCUUUGGAAGGAAUUGCUGAAGAAUUGAAAAUAUUUGAUGCAGGUUUCGGUACGCCUUAUCCUCAUUUCAAAAGAAAUUCGAAAAAUAAAUUAAUUUGGUAUCCCGGCUCGAAUAACAUACAUAAUGCUAUUUUUGAAUCCGGGGCGGAUAUCGGAACGAAUUGUCACAUUAAUCGAGCAAAACCCACUCUGGAAGAUAUUUAUUUGCGCCCCGUUUUUUACGGUCCCUCGACGGUAAAACCCGACAGAGGUCUAGGACUACCGAUUCACUCGGUCACCAGACCCCCAUUAGCAGGUCCUUACGCUUUUAGUAGGAUACCGAAACCGGUAUGGAACAAACCUAAAGUGUAUCUAUCGGAAAACAUCGCGGAUACUUGGUUGUUUAAUAAUUUUUCCACUUACGAAGGAAAAGCUUUCUUAAGAAGGAGAUUACCCAACAGUUUGACCACGUGGUCUAUUACAGGUUUUUCUUUGGAUCCUUUACACGGUUUGGGAUUAUCAACCUCGGAAAAGAAGAUAAAAGUGAUAAAAUCCAUGGUGGUAACUAUAGAUUUACCAUAUUCGGUACAAAAAGGUGAAAUUCUAAAUAUACCGGUGGUAGUUCGAAAUAAUAUUAAUGAAGACGUAACAGUGGAUGUUACUUUACAUAAUUCGGCGCAAAAAUUCGAUUUCGUAGCUUCUCUAGAAGACAAUAACGUAAAAAAAGUCGAAUUAUACCGAAGGAAACGUAUUAAAGUCGAAAAAAAUACGGUAUCUUCGUUAUCGUUCUUUAUAGUGGCUAAUAAAAUAGGUGAAAUACCGAUUAGAGUGACGGCGAGUAGUCCUAAAAAUCAAGAUGUCGUUGAAAAAGAAUUAUUAGUUCUUCCUGGCGGAGAAACUGAAUACUACACUAAAUCCGUUCUGAUUGACUUGAGAAACAAUCGAAAUGUCAAAAAAUCGAUUAAUUUCUCGAUUCCGAAGAACGUAGUUGAAGGUUCCGAAUUAAUUGAAGUAUCGACGGUGGGUACGUUCCUAGGUCCGGCGAUGAUUCAUUUAGAUGAUGUUAUAAGACUUCCAACCGAUUGCGGUGAACAAAAUUUAGUACAUUUGAUGUCGAAUUUGAUAAUUUUACAAUAUUUAAAAAUCACCGGUCAAUUAACGCCCGCAAUACAAAACGAAGCCAUAAAAAAUUUGGAAAUUCAUUACCAACAACAACUCACUUACAAAAGGAAAGAUGGAUCUUUUUCUCCGUUUCCAUGGAAAGAUACCACGGGAAGUGUAUGGUUAACGGCUUAUACGGCGAUGGCUUUAAGCCAAAUCAAAACUUUCAUUUACAUAGACGAAUCCGUUAUAGAAAAAACAAUCGAAUGGUUGACUGAACGUCAAAAUAACAACGGUAGUUUUUACGAAACCGGCAACAUCGUACAUUCCGAAUUACAAAAUAACACCGGCAACAGUUUAGCGUUGACAGCAUUCGUAGUAAUGUCAUUACGCGAAUCGAAUCACCGAAACGAUCCUAUAACUGUCAAUAUAAUAAACAAAGGUCUCGAUUAUAUCGCUAGAAAUAUAGGAGAAGAAGAAACCGUUUACACGAUCGCUAUUUGCGGUUACGUUUUACAAUUGACGGGACACGCUUCUAAACAAAGCGCGUUCAAUUUAUUAGAAUCGAUAUCUCGAAUAGAAAUCGAUACGAAAUGGUGGGCGAGGGAUGUUCCGACGAACGAAGAGAAGAAUCCUUGGAGGAAGUUACCGAGGUCGAUCGAUAUCGAAACGACUUCAUACGCUUUAAUGACUUUAAUCGAAGCGAAUUUGCUUGACGAUGCCGUUCCGGUGUUGAAAUGGUUGCUUCGGCAGCAAAAUAAUCGUGGAGGAUUCACUUCUUCGCACGAUACGGUCGUGGGAUUACAAGCUUUGUAUAAAAUCGUUACCAGAUUAGCGAGUCCGACGAAUAUACAAAUCGAAUUCGAAUACGGACGCGGAGGUAACGGAAAAUUCAGCGUUAAUAAGAAUAAUUUGAUGAUUCAGCAAAUUGUCGAGAUCGAGAAAUCUACUAGAGAAGUUAACCUCACCGCACAAGGAACGGGAUUGGCGGUGUUUCAAGUUUCUUAUCAGUAUAAUUCGAACGUUACGGGACCUUGGCCUAUGUUUACGUUGGAUCCGCAAGUCGAUAAAAGCUCCGAUAGUUACCAUUUACAAUUAUCGAUUUGUGUGGGAUUCGUCGAUCAGAAUUUAACGAAUAGUAAAGAAAGCAAUAUGGCGGUAAUGGAGGUGACGUUACCGUCAGGAUUUACGGCCGAUAUAGACGCAUUGCCCAGUCUGGAAUUAUCGGAAAACGUUCAAAAAGUCGAAACGAGAAAUAAACAAACAAAAAUUUUGCUAUAUUUCAAUAAUCUAACGAAUAUCGAGUACUGUCCUACAGUAUCCGCUUACAGAACUCACAAAAUGGCGAAUCUAAAACCAGUACCGGUCGUCGUAUACGAUUAUUACGACAGUUCGAGACGAGCUAGAGUGUUUUACUUACCACCCGUAACGCACGUUUGCGAUUUAUGCCAAGAAGAAGAUGAUUGCGAAAGCAUCUGCGCGGCUCAACCCAACGCCAGGGAAGGUCGACAGAGACAUAUCGGCUCUGAUGAUGGAGGAGGAGCGAAAAACACGCAAAUUUGUACUGUACUAAUACCAGUUGUCAUAAUUUUAGUGCAUCUCAAUAAUUUCUAAUUCGUUUAAUAUGUUAUUGAAAAAAUAAUUAAAAAAAACUAAUUAUCGUUUGCCAUCUUUUGUUAAAACUAACGUGCUGUGAUUUUAUUAAAGUCUCAAAUAAAAUUUCGAUUUAUAAAUUUAUUUUUUUUUUCUUCAAAUUGUUGGUGGAAUGAAUUAGGGUACUUGAAGAUGCUAUUCUAUUAGAUGUUGCCGAUGUUACAAAUAUUUCUAUCAUUAUGAUUCUCUUAUUGAGAAAUAUAUAUUUAUAUAAUUGGCAACAUCUAAUAGAAUGACACCUUUAGGUACAACAAUUCAUUCCACCAACAGUUAUAGUAGAAAUAUACAAUAGAAUGACAUUCUGACGUUUUAGUUCAUUCUAUAAAUUAUCACAAAAAUUCGAUUUUGGAGACUUAAUAUCGUUAUUAUAAUGAUAUUCACCUCAUUUAUUAAACAUUCAAUGUAUUUACUUCAACACUUUGAUUAACAUAGUUACUAAAUAUCUUUAUUGUCCAGUAAUAUUUUUAGCACUGGCAACAUCUAAUACAAACACACAUUAAGGUGUACCGUUUCAUUCCACCAACGGUUAUACUCUGAAUAAAAAAUUGUAUAUAAAAUUCAAUGUACAUAACAAAUAAAACAAAUAUACCAAAAAAAAA